GUAUUUGUCUAUGGAACUCUAAAAACAGAUGAACCUAAUCAUUAUUUACUAGAAGAUCCAAAGACUGGUAAAGCAAAGUUGAUCGCUAAAGGUCUGACUGCUGCUCCUUAUCCAUUAAUUGUACACUCUUGCUACAGUAUUCCCGUUAUGUUGGAUGAGCCUGGUCGCGGCCACAUGAUAGAAGGCGAGGUAUACAGAAUCGAUAAUGAUAUGUUACGAGUUCUGGAUCAAUUGGAAGGUCAUCCUGAAUUUUAUACGCGAACCAUGAUUGAUAUUACAUUAACGGAAUUAGCUUACUGCGAUACAGAAUUGCCAUACAGCCUUAAUGAUAAAAUCCAGUGUCAGGCCUACAUUGUCAAGAACUAUCGAAAAGAUCUUAUCAAUAACGAACUCUUCACCAGCUAU